UAUAUUCUUGGUUGUUCGCAAGAUCGUUUUUGCGCUGCUUUUUGUUUAAUUGGCAAAACUCACGUGGGGAAUCUGUCUAAGCAUGGACAUAGAUAGAGCAAGGAUCAAACAGGAGGUGGAUGACGACAUCGACAUGGAUUUCGAUGGCGUGAAAAUCAUAAAAGAGGCCACCAAUAUGAUAACGGUGAUUGCUAACGAUCACAAAUCGGAGGAUGAGAGGAAAUUUAUUGAAAGCUUGGCUAGCAUUAAUCCUGAUCAGUUAUUCACCGAAUCAUCUAGAAAUUAUUUAUGCAAAUUUUGCCAAGCCUCAUUCAGGAUUCGCCUGGAGUACGAUGCGCACAUGGUCAAUCAUAAAAUGAAUCGUCAUUUUUGUCGUUUCGGCUGUUCAUUUUGGUGCGAUUCGUUGGAGCAAAUUCUAGAACAUGAAUACAAAAAUCAUUCCCAGGGGUUGAAAAAAUUUUGUUGCCGGGUCUGUGAUUCUAUUCUUCCCAGUGCCAAUGAUCUUACAAAGCAUAUGCUAAUUCAUGUAUAUGGGCAACGUUACGUUUGUGCCUUGUGCCGCAGACAUUUUGAGUCCCAUCAAGGCUUACAACUGCAUCGUAAGCAUAGUAAGGAAAUUUGCGGUCAGAUUGAAUCCAUAAAUGGUGUUUCCCAUCGAAUUGAGCUGGUUGCCACUGCAGAGAAAUGUCAGUUACCAGCUGAGCUAUUAUGUGAUGUUCAAAUCAAAGAGGAACCCAAGGACUAUGUUGAUGAUGAUAGCGAGCACGAAAUUCGAAUUAAGGAAGAACCCAUGGAUGAGGAAGAGGAAUCUCCGAAGUUGACUGCAAGCAUUAAACCAAAUUUGGGCUUGGAUUGGCGUAGCAAGUUGCGUUUGCCGGCCCUAAAGCCAAAGCCGGAACUAAUGACCUCAGCGCCCACCCAAUCGAAUUUAAAGAUUGUCAAUUGGAAUAAUCAAUCAGCCACCAAUACUGCCAUACUUAAAAGACCAAAUAUAUUGAAAACGAAUUCAAACUCAAAUUCUAUUUACAACAACAACAAGAAACCUUUGAUUGCUGAAAAUAUAUUACAAAUGUUGCCCAGCAAUUUUAUGGUUAUAAAACUUCCACCAAAUACAAAAAUUCUAAAAUUACCACGAGAAGUGAAUAAAACCACAUUGAAACAUUCCUCAAUAACAACGCCAGGCAGCGUACAAAUCACACAGGUUGUUAAACAAGAUAUUCAAAAUAUAAACUCAUCUACUGUUGACUCAAACAGUGUUAAAGUAGUCUCAUCUCCGCCAAGAAAUAAUAAUCGCUUGGGGACCUUUCACCAGGAAGCCUUUUAUGAUUUGGAAAGUCGACCAGAGUCAAGGAAAAUGAUUGAAGAAAUUCAAAAUCAAAUUCGUAGUAUUGAGAGAACAUUACCCAUACCUGGAAGUGUAUUGCAAACGAAAACAAAGAGAUCUUUCUUUGUGCAUAGCAAAAACCUGUCCACUGAUGAUAAGAAAGAUGAGCCCACUAAAUUGGAAUUAUUAUUAAAUCCAGCAUGCAGCAAUGUGUGGCAAACACUAUUUGAAAAAUAUCCCAAUUAUUGCUUCUUUUGGGCCUGUCCCAUGUGCCCCACUUCUUGUGAACAGGCUCAAGAUUUGCGCCGUCAUUUAAGCCGCAUGCAUAGCAUGAGUGAUGAUAAAUUGAAUACUUUAAAGGUGACGCUGCUACCAAAAAAAGUAGUCUUGGAUGGAGAGGAGCAACUAAAGCCAUCGAUUCAGUCAGGGAAAAUUUCUGUGGCUCCUCAAUUGACAGCAAAUGCAAGUCCAGUCAAUGAAAAUUUGCAAGUCUCAUCCCCUGAACCACCAAUUUCGAAAUCUUCAAGUGUGCCAAAACCCAAAGCAACUGCUUCACAGCAGCAGCAUGAGUGUAAUGAAUGUUCCAAAACGUAUACUACAUCGGGAGCUUUAAGGAUUCAUAAGAUGAUCCAUACGGGUGAAUUGCCCUAUAAGUGUAAUUUCUGUGACAAACGUUUUCGCACGCCGGGCCAGGUGAAAGUUCAUCAUCGUCGUCAUACAGGAGAGAAGCCCUUCAAAUGCAAGAUCUGCUCCUUGGAUUUCACUCAUCGCGAGACUCUCAUUUCGCAUCUCUCGCGUCACAUUGGAAUGAAACGUUACAAGUGCUAUGGAUGUGAUAAGUACUUUGUGGUUGUAAGCGGUCUACGGGCUCAUCGUCGCCUCCGCCCGGACACUUGUGGCAAGGUGAAAUUUACAGCUCGUGCGCAUGGUCCGCGUGUGCGUGUAAUCAAGGGCGAGGUGAUAUUCGAGGGACAUCCCGAGCACAAUGGCUACUUGCGUAGUGAGGAUCCAUUGAAAAUUCUGUCGGAAAUGAAUCAGACCGACACAAUGACAGUCGAGGAUGACGAUAAGGAGGCCGAAGGCGUUUAAAAUUAAUUAUUGAUUACUACUAUUAAAAAUAGAAUUAAGCGUUUAUACUCAAAAACGUAUAAUGAAGCCAUUGAUAUAUACCUACUGUUAUUUUGUAUUAACAACCUGAAUAUAAUAAAAUUCUCGAUCAUUUUUUUGUAUAA